AUGGCGCCUCUGAGCCAGCUGAGUGGCCACAUCAACUCCACCUGUGGGGCAGAGAACUCCACGGGGGCCAGCCGAGCCCGCCCACAUGCCUACUAUGCCCUCUCCUACUGCGUGCUCAUCCUGGCCAUCGUCUUCGGCAAUGGUCUGGUAUGUGUGGCAGUGCUGAGGGAACGGGCUUUGCAAACCACCACCAACUACCUGGUGGUGAGCCUGGCCGUGGCGGACCUGCUGGUGGCCACCUUGGUGAUGCCCUGGGUGGUGUACCUGGAGGUAACAGGUGGAGUCUGGACUUUCAGCCGAAUUUGCUGUGAUGUUUUCGUCACCCUGGAUGUCAUGAUGUGUACAGCCAGCAUCCUGAACCUCUGCGCCAUCAGCAUCGACAGGUACACUGCAGUGGUCAUGCCAGUCCACUACCAACAUGGCACAGGACAGAGCUCCUGUCGGCGUGUGGCCCUCAUGAUUACAGCCGUGUGGGUACUAGCCUUUGCCGUGUCUUGCCCUCUCCUCUUUGGCUUCAACACCACAGGAGACCCCACCGUCUGCUCCAUCUCCAACCCUGAUUUUGUCAUCUACUCUUCAGUGGUGUCCUUCUACCUGCCCUUUGGAGUGACGGUCCUUGUCUAUGCCAGGAUCUAUGUGGUGUUGAGACAGAGGAGACGGAAACGGAUCCUCACUCGACAGAACAGUCAGUGCAUCAGUGUCAGACCUAGCUUCCCACAACAACCACUAUCCCCUGGCCGGGCACACCUGGAGCUGAAGCGCUACUACAGCAUCUGCCAAGAUACUGCCUUGGGGCAACCAGGCUUCCAAGAAGCAGGAGAGUUGAAAAGGGAGGGGAGGACUCAGAACUCCCUCAGCCCCACCAUGGCACCCAAGCUCAGCUUAGAGGUUCGAAAACUCAGUAACGGCAGGUUGUCGACAUCUCUAAAGUUGGGGCCCUUGCAACCCCGCGGAGUGCCACUUCGGGAGAAAAAGGCAACCCAGAUGUUGGCCAUUGUGCUUGGGACCUUCAUUGUCUGCUGGCUGCCCUUCUUUUUGACCCACGUUCUCAAUACCCACUGCCAAGUCUGCCAUGUGUCCCCAGAGCUUUACAGCGCCACCACGUGGCUGGGCUACGUGAACAGUGCCCUCAACCCUGUGAUCUAUACCACCUUCAAUGUUGAGUUCCGUAAAGCUUUCCUCAAGAUCCUGUCUUGCUGA